CGUAGGCAAUCCGGAAAUUUCUUUUAUUUACGAUCUAAUCUUGUUCUAUCUUCUUUUCUCGUGUAUUCUUCCAGCACCGGUUCUGUAGGUCGUGUAUGUAAUAACUUUUUCCUUUAUUGGUAUUCUUAUUCGUAUCAAUUUCUUUUUUCGCUGUAAAAUGAUCUACUUUACAUCAAUUUGCAUUUAUUUACUGUAGCUGCGCUCUACUAACUAUAACUAAAUCAUUUCAAGGUGUUUACAAUAUACAACUUAGUUGAAAAAUGAAAUUCUUCGAGGGUGAAGAUAUUUUUCAUUACUCUUGGCAUCAAAUAGCGGAAGUGUUUUGGUUUCGCUAUCCAAAUCCAUUUAGUAAACACGUAAGAACCGAAGAUGUUUUGUACCGCAAGGUCGAAGAUGGGAUAUUACAUACAAUGAGACUUCUAACCAAAACUGUAAGAUUUACUUCUUUUGGGUACAACAUAGCUAUAAAAAACGAACCUAUUAUCGAAGAAUCUUUCAUCGAUCCAGUCAAUAAAACAAUCAGAACAUGUACCUGGAACAUUGGAACUUCUGUUGCCCGCAUUAAAGAGCUGUGCUUUUAUAAAGAAAAAGAGAGAAGUAGUUUUGCAGUGGAGCGUAAAGCCUGGAUUGAACGAACGAGACUGUAUCUGCCUAGCUUAUUUGAAUCGUAUCUUAUUCACAGGUUUCAAAAGAAUGUGCAAAAAACUUGUAAAGGACUGGAAUUUGUUCUCGCUCAGAAAUAUCCUUCAUCAGUUGCUGUAGAAAUCAAACCAUCUUCUUUCUUAGAUAAAGAGAAAAUAUGUGAAAAGGCUAGGAAGGCUAAAGAUAUUGCUGCAUCUAAAACUGUUCCACUAUUUGCUGCUGCUUAUGCAGCUGGAGCUGAUAAACAGGGUUAAAAUGACCAGCUAUUCCAAAAAUAUGUUUGUCUAUCUUCUGUUGGUUGUCUAAUUAGUUAAUGUUAUGCAAUGAUUUUGCUUGCCUUAUUUUUUAAUUUGCUUAUAGUUUUAAUUCAAUAAUAGUUUGAAAAUGAUCAUGAAUUUUAUGUUUAUUUUAUAAACUCUAUCUUCCAUGAACUUUUUCAAGUUUAUUAAAAUGAGUUUAUGAAGAUAAAUUAUCUAUCAAUUUAAUGAUCAUACUUUAAACUAUAUGUGUCCAUCUUCAAGUUAAUUAAAAGAUGAAUAUUAUUUAGUGAUUUGUCCACGUUCAGUUGGUAAUCUAAUUAGUUAAUGUUGUGCAAUGAUUCCACUUGCCUUAUUUUUAAUUUGCUUAAAGUUUUAUUCAAUAAAAGUUUGAGAAUAAUUAUCUGUGAAUUUUAUGAUUAUACUUUAAACUAUAUGUGUCCAUCUUCAAGUUUAUUAAAAUAUUAAUGUUAUGCAAUGAUUCCGCUGGCAUUGUUUUUAUUUUGCUUAAGUUUUAAUUUAAUAAUAGUUUGAAAAUAAUUAUCUAUGAAUUUUAUGAUCAUACUUAAAACUAUUUGUGUUGAUCUUCAAGUAUAUAUUAAAAGAUUAAUGUUAUUCAAUGUUAUGCUUUUUUUUUAAUUUCAAAUUUAUGAUAAGUUAAUAAUGGUUUAAAAUUUGCAAUAUUCUAAUAAGGCAUUUGUUUUGUUGAUUAAUUUUUAGUGUUUUGUUUUUGUCUAAGUCUUAUGCAGCUAGAGCUUAUAAACAGGGCUCAAACAACUGAACUUAUUAAUUUCUAAAAUAUUUGUUUAUUUUUCAAUUUUGCAAGUUUAUUUGUUAAUGUUUUGUAACGAUUUCAUUUGUCUUCUAUUAUAAAUUGCUUAAGACAUGAAUUUAAUGAUAAAUCUAAUUUAUAAUGAUAAGAUUAAAUUUAUCUAUUUUUUAGUUUAUAAAAUUGAAAAAAGUUUGCUUUUUAAUGAUUUCAUCUUUAUUCCCAAAGACAUGGUGAGUUUACUGAUGGUUAAAAAUUUUUAAUACUUUCUAAUGUAUUUAUUUUGUUAAAUAAUCUAGGUACUAAUACAUGUUUGGUGAAAAGUGUUCUUCUCAGUUUUAAUUUGUUUAAAUGAUGUACUGUGAGUUAAUAAGUUUUAAAAAUGAUGGCAGAAUUAUUGUUCACUAUUAUUGAUAUCUUCAGUUAGUUAGCUCUGUAUUAGUUUAAAUAAUAUAAUCUUGUGUUGACGUGUUUACAAAAAUAUAUUUUAUUCUAUUUUUGAUCUAUUUUGAAUAUGUUAAUUUUAAGGUACCAGGGGUCUGUCAGGGCCAAAUUUACUACCGUUUAGCGGUACCUUCACAAAUUCAACUCUUGGAAAAAACGGUAGACAUGUACUACUUAUACUUAUUCCUAAAAUUUUGUUUUUGUAUCCCGUAAGAAACAAUAAAUCCAUAUUUUUACUACAUUUUUGUGUUGAUUUUUUAAUAUAAUUUUUAAUCUUCACAAAUUAUGUCUAAAUUUUCAUAAAAUAGGUACCUCACAGAAAAACCUAGACAGACCCCUGGGUACAUUAAAAAUAAUAUGUUUUUGCUAGUUGAAAAAAUAUUUCAGAUUUAAUUCACUGUAGUUUGCUAAUAGACUUUUCGUUGCAUGGGUAUUUUUUUAGUUCCUAUUUUAUUUAAAAGAAAAAGAAAAAAAAACUUUUUCACCAGUUUAAACAUUCUUAAUAUAAUUGAAAUGCUCUAGUUAUUUACUGAGAAUGAUGAUAAAUGUUUAAUUGUUUUAAAAAAUUAAAUUAAUUGGCUGCAAGAUAACAGUUAAAGGAUUAAUAAUCAGUAAAGUAGUUUUAAUAUUUUAAAGAAAAGUGCUAAGUAUCCAAGUAAUGAAAAUGUGAGUAAUUAUGUGCCAUCUAUGGAUGGAGCUAAACUUAGUGAAAAAUGCACAAAUGUUUGUUUGUGUGGUUUUAUUUUAUUUGUGCUUUUCAACUUACAACUGUAUCUAAAAGUUCAAAACGUUAGAAAUCCUUUGAAAUGAAUCGUUAUUUGAAAAUUGUCGAUUGCAAUUAAAUAAACAUUUUUUAGAUUUUGUCAAUGGUAAGACUUAUAUAUAGAUUUAUAUUGUAUUUGAAAUUAUGUUAUAUGUCAAAAGAUAAGGAGAAAAAUGGUCUCAUUGAAGAAAGGAACCAAUUUUUGAUCUAUUUCAUGUUAGUUUGCGUAUAUUUUUAGAGCACAGAUGUUACAAAAUCAAUUUAAUUAUGAUUGUCUUUUUAAUCAUAGUUAAUGAGUUUUUUACAUGACCAAAUAAAGGACCAAAUUAUUCUCCACUUUCACCUGUAAUUUUUAAAAUCAAUACGUGAUUUGAUAGCAUCAGCUUUUUUGAUGAUACCUUAGUACUUAGUAUAGAUUUCAAUAAGUUUUGUACUGCCUAAGAAAAAAAAAAUAAGAUUAUGAAAAUUUAGUACACAUAGCGCAUGGCACUAAGUUUGAUAAAAGGAAGA